CUCCGUUUCAUUUUCGUGAGCCGCCAAGAAUAUUUCCCUCACUCACACGAGACAGAUGCGCGAGGACUGACGGACCAGUAAAGUCCACUGCCUCUUCUGCCGCGCCGGUCUGCUCCCCGUCGGCUCCGCUCCAAGGUUUCCUACAUGGGGAACCGUUCUCGGCCCAGUGUAGCUAAGGAAACCAUGGAACCAAUUGAUGAGGAAACAGAGAGUCCUAGCAGGGCAGCACAACUGAAAUGCCCGGAUAGAAACUCAGGCGAAAUGCACCUCAACCGGUUCCCAAAUUUUCAUUGCAAGAGUCUGCCUUCAAGACGCCGUGAGGAGAACCCAGAAGAUAGCAUCAUUCAUAGUCGUGGUUCUAUGUACCAGAGCUCCAGUGAUGUCAGCAGACUAAGGAAACUCCAAGAGGGGAGGAGGAAAUUAGACUCUAUACAUGAAAGAGAUGCGUUUAUGUCAUUUGGGACCGUCGAUUCGUCCUCUCAGCCUAGCACAAGUGGAGCUUACUUGGUUCCGCAACGGAGCGGUUCAUGCAAGUUGAGGUCUUCUAUGAACAUAACUCGUGGAUUUAAUCAAGAUGCCAGGGAGCUUGUGGAUAUUUCAUCGCGUGAGGUUCCCAGUGACAACUUGAGGCUUGGAAGGCCACGCAAGGACUGCAAUUUGUUAAAGGAUGAUGUAAGAGACAGGUUCCCGGGGUUAUCGCUCAAAGAAGACAAUGCCACGUGUCCUGCCGCAAGUGCUGCUCCUCAUUUGCUAGAAAGCAGCAGUAGCAAAGGUACAAUGUCAAAUUGCCAACCUCCUGUUGGCCUUCAUCCUGAUAGGAGUAACCAUGGCACAAUAGAUUCAGUGAGUAAUCUCCCCAAGUCCUUGUCAGCUAAGGUGGGCGUUUUUGAUGCUACAUGUCCAUCAGAAAGUGUUCAUGGUGUCGAUGGCAACAAAAAAGCUCGAUCUAGUGCGUUUAAGAAAAUUUUGGAUCCUUUCAUGAAGUCCAAAUCUCUGAGGAAUCCCUCCCACAUGGUAAUGGAAGAUGCAAAAUGUGGUAAUCCACCAGUUAGAGGAAAAGAUAGUGCACUGCGCAAAUCUUUGUUGAGUGGUAUCUCAAGAUCUGACCAAACUCCCACACCUAAAUGCCAGAUGAGUGGGGAAGCCCGGCCUAUCACAGUUACUUCAUCGCCGACUCAUUUGCAUGCUGUUCUUAAACUGGAUCAUGACAAUGGCGCUUUUGGUUUUGAGUUCUGUACCAAGGGUCCAGAAGAAUCCAUUUACGCUAGCACUUGGAAAUCCGGGAACGAACUGAAUUGGAUUUACACUUUCCAUAGUGUUGGCAAGCGAUCAAGUACCGUGGGAAGGACCUCCAAGGAUAGGCAUGGGUGGCUGCCUCCAAUUGUUGGCCAGAUGCAUGUGUCUUCCUAUCUGUACUCUGAAGUUGAAGAAGAUGGUAUUUUAAAUAACUCAGCCACUAGCGAGUUUGUUUUGUAUGACAUUGCUCAUGCACGACGGAGCUCUGCUGUUGAUAGAGUUCAGCGUCCAGAUUCCACUCAACCACCAUUCUGCAAUGUUGUUAAGAAUUCAAUCUCUAGGGAGUCUCUAGAGAGAAAUAAUCAGAUGGAGCGGCAAAAUACUGCAAGGAAUAACUCAGAUGCAUCGGUAUCUUGUCUUUGGUCCCAAGAAGAUCUUCAUCCUCAUUUGGAGGUUGCAGCUGUUGUAGUCCAAGUGCCGUUUCAUCAAACCCGGUCCCUCGAAUUGAAAACUGGAUCAUCACCAGGUACAGUUAAAGUGGUUACAGCAGGCGGAGCACACGGGUUACCAAGGGAUGAUGAGACCAGUCCAUCACCGUUACUUAACCGUCUAAAGAGUGGGGGAAGGUGUGACUGCGGUGGAUGGGACAUGUCUUGCCCAAUCGUUGUCCUUGAAAAUGCAUAUGAUAGUUAUUGGGUCGAUUCUGUGAUGAAUGAAAGCAAGCAUCCCAUGGAGCUAUUUGUUAAGGGUAACCAGGAAGUUCUCCCUGCCCUUUCCAUGAAAGUCGAUGGGAAAGGAGAGUUCUCAGUGGAUUUCCAUGCACGAUUGUCGGCGCUGCAGGCAUUCUCAGUCUGCAUAUCUUUGCUUCACUGUUCUGAAGCUUCUCCAACCAUUGGUAUAGAGAAAUUCAAGCACAAGCUGUAUUCCAGUUCAAUGAAAAUGCUCCUCAAAGAAGAAGUGAAGCAGUUAAUAGGAUCAGUAACAGGAAAAGAGAAGAAGAAAGUGAAGAGGAGGAAAGGAAAAACUCCGGUGGUCAAUGGCCCUCCGUUCUCACCCAUGGGAAGAGUAUAGCAGUAUUUUUGCCAUCAUGUUCAUCGUUCAACAUUGGGGUUGAUCAUGCUCUUUUUGUUUUCUAAGAUCAAAAAGGAAUUUUUAUCUUGUUUUCCUUUUCACAGGAGGGCUAGUUGUCUUGUCCAUAAGGAUAGAAGCAUCAUGCAGCUGUUCAUAAAGAUGCAAGCAUCAUGUAGUUUUCUAGCAGUAGCCUUUUGUAUUAGCAAGCUAGGAUUAGGAAGGCCAUAACAGCUGUUGCAAUUCUCAAGAGAAGAAAGUUUUGUAGGACAUACCUUCUUCCAGGCGUCAAGAAGAUAGAUGUACCGGAUCUUGACCACUGCUCUUGUAUACAACGUCGCUCUCCUUUUGGACUGCAGCCUCAAGGUCAUAUACACACAUGCUAACAUUAGUACAGGUAGAAGCAAAUAUUGUUCCUUCAGCAUGUACCUGAAUAAUCCAUUGCUUCCCUCCAGCAAUUUUGAACUUGUGCAUGCUUUUGAACUACAUGGAAUUGGCAACAUAUAUCAUGACCAAAACGCGCGUAUGUAGUUUCAGUGUUCAGUUUCUGUA